AUUGUGUUCCAUGGGUAGUGGUCCCACCUCCCAUCCACUGAAGUUCCUCCUGCUCUGGUGAUUGUUUCAGGGCUGUCUUGUCCUUCCUUGGGGCCUCCCUGUUCCUUACCACACAUCUCCCGUACUUGGUAGGAAAUGGAAUCAAAAGUCUCGGAAGGUGGCCUGAAUGUUACUCUCACCAUCCGGCUACUCAUGCAUGGAAAGGAAGUUGGAAGCAUCAUUGGGAAGAAAGGAGAGACCGUGAAAAAGAUGCGGGAGGAGAGUGGAGCAAGAAUCAACAUCUCCGAGGGAAACUGUCCGGAAAGAAUUGUGACCAUCACAGGCCCCACGGAUGCCAUCUUCAAGGCUUUUGCCAUGAUUGCUUACAAAUUUGAGGAGGACAUAAUCAACUCAAUGAGUAACAGCACUGCUACCAGUAAACCACCAGUAACGUUGAGGUUGGUCGUGCCUGCUAGCCAGUGUGGGUCACUGAUUGGCAAAGGAGGCUCCAAGAUUAAGGAAAUCAGGGAGUCAACAGGUGCUCAGGUUCAAGUGGCGGGGGACAUGCUGCCCAACUCCACAGAGCGGGCAGUGACAAUUUCGGGGACCCCCGAUGCAAUUAUCCAGUGUGUCAAACAGAUCUGUGUGGUGAUGCUGGAGUCCCCACCGAAAGGUGCCACCAUUCCCUAUCGCCCAAAGCCCGCCUCCACCCCUGUCAUUUUUGCAGGUGGUCAGGUAAGAGCCGACCCGCUUGCGGCCUCCACUGCCAACCUCAGCCUUUUACUGCAGCACCAGCCGCUGCCUGCCUAUACAAUUCAGGGACAAUAUGCAAUUCCACACCCGGAUCAGUUGACCAAGCUUCACCAGUUGGCUAUGCAGCAAACCCCCUUUACUCCCCUUGGACAGACCACCCCCGCUUUCCCUGGAGAAAAGCUGCCCUUACAUUCCUCCGAAGAAGCUCAAAAUCUGAUGGGCCAAUCAUCAGGUUUGGAUGCCAGUCCCCCGGCCAGUACUCAUGAACUCACCAUUCCCAAUGAUCUAAUAGGCUGCAUAAUCGGACGCCAAGGGACCAAAAUCAAUGAAAUUCGACAGAUGUCGGGAGCGCAGAUCAAAAUCGCCAAUGCCACAGAAGGCUCAUCGGAACGUCAAAUUACCAUCACAGGAACCCCAGCUAACAUCAGCCUUGCCCAGUACCUCAUCAACGCCAGGCUGACGUCUGAGGUCACUGGAAUGGGCGCACUCUAAUUUCUACCCAUCCUCCUUCAUUCUGCAUCACCUGACCCUCUCCAGCCAAUGACACUUCACCCGGCUUGUACAAUCUGUAUUUUUACCGCCUUCCCUUUACCUCCAUAGAUACUUUUUCUUUACUAACACACACACACACACACACACACACACACACACACACACACACACACACACACACACACACACACACACACACACACACACACAGUUUCUUUAUAUAUUCCAUACUGUGCUCCUGAUAUUGCUCCUGAACUCUUUAUUUAUGGUCCCGGCCUGUCCAUGUUUUCAAAGUAU